AUGAGUUUUGAACUUUACAGUGUCGCAUCAAUCAUUUCCAAAGAAUCAACAUCAAUAGCAAAUGACGAAGAUAAUGUUGAACAAAUAUCAUGGCCAAAACAAUCUUUAACAUCUCAAAAUUUAGUUCCAUCACCUAUCGUUUCUGUUUCACGUCGAAUACUCUCGUUGUGUUCUGUUUGUGGCGAUAAAGCAAGUGGAAAACAUUAUGGUGUAUUGAGUUGCGACGGUUGUCGAGGAUUUUUUAAACGAAGUAUCAGACGAAAUACAAAAUAUGUUUGUAAAGAUAAAGGACGUUGCACAGUUGAUCUCAAUCGUCGAAAUCAGUGUCAAGCGUGUCGAUUGAAAAAAUGCUUAGCAAUGAAAAUGAACAAAGAUGCUGUUCAACAUGAACGAGCACCAAGAAAUUGUUCAACCACAAAAACGAGACAAUCGUCCUAUCAUUUAUAUCCGGUUACAAAUACAAUGCAAUUUUGGCCUCAUACACAUUCAGCAGCAGCAGCAGCAGCAGCAGCAACCGUAACAGAAACAUUUUCCUCAUCCAAUGGUCCAAUAUGGAAUAAUUAUGUAACAUCAACAGUAUCAAAAACGUUAACAUCUCAAUUUCACAAUAUUUCAAAAUAUAGUAAUGGUGAAAGUUCUGAUGAUCAUUCAUUCGAAACAGAUUUAUCAAAUAUUAUCAAAGAUGAUAGUACAGAUAUCAUCAAUACAUCACUCGAUACAACAACUCAGUUGUCAAUAGUUAAUAGUAUUUAUGAACGAGCUACAUAUAUUUUAUUUGCUUCAAUUCGAUGGGCACGUACAAUUCCAUCAUUUAUUCAACUACCCGACUCUGAUCAAUUAACAUUAUUACAAGAAUCAUGGUCUGAACUAUUUUUAAUAACAGCCGCGGAACAUCAAAUGCUCGUUGAUGAAAAUAUAUUAAUGUUGUUUAAUGAUUGUAAUGGAAAAAUGUUAACAUUAAAUAAGAUUCAAACAAUUUUAAAUCAGUUUUAUUUUCACUCAGUCGAUAAAAUGGAAUAUAUGCUAUUGAAAGUAAUUGUUAUAUUUAAAGCAGACGCAAAAGAAGUACGUGAACGUUUGUCAAUUGAUAUUUAUCGUGUACAAGCCAUGACCAUGUUAAUGAAUUAUAUUCAACAACCAACACCAUUGCAUCAGUCACCGUAUGAAAUACAAUCUCCAUCACCACCAUUACGACAUGUUAAAUUAUUACAAUUAUUAAACAUUCUAAAAGAGAUCACACCAAGUGAUAUUGAAUAUUUAUUUUUUAAAAAUUUUAUUAAAAAUAAUAAUAUCAAACAUAUUUUGGCAAAUAUCUAUAAACUCUGA